AUGGAGCUCCUGCGAUCGAACCUGUCGCACGUUAGAAUUCCAGGACCUACCAAUCGCGUUUACAAGCAUGAAUGCUGCGUCUCUUUCGACACUCCGGAAUCCGAUGGUGGUCUAUUUGUGGAUAUGUGCUCAUUUCUCGCAUUUGGGAAGGAUUACGUGGGAUGGAACUACGAGAAGACAAAGCAUCCUGUAUAUUUGCAUAUAAAGCGAACCGUGAAGCCUGUUAGUGAAGAUAGGCCGUCGAAAAAGCCUACUCUGUUAGCUAUAGGUGUUGAUGGAGGAUUUGAUAAUAAUGAACCUGAAUAUGAGGAAAUCUUCAAUAUUGUUGUCUUACCAGAUUAUGUAUCCCUUCCUUUUCCUUCUGUUGAACUUCCAGAGAAGGUAAGAUUGGCAGUUGAUAAAAUUCGAUCAGUUGAGGGAGCUGAGAGGAAAGAGCAGGUUGCUGCAUGGGUAGCGGAUAAGAAGAAACAAAGUGAUUAUGCCUUAAAGUUGGUCCAGCUCGAUAAUGGUGUCGUUGUUCCCCCAACUGGGUGGAAAUGUGCCAAGUGUGAUAAGACUGAAAAUCUGUGGUUAAACUUAACUGAUGGUAUGAUCCUCUGUGGGAGGAGAAAUUUUGAUGGCAGCGGAGGUAACAAUCAUGCUGUUGAGCAUUACGAGGCUACCCGCUACCCACUUGCAGUGAAGCUUGGCACCAUAACGUCUGAGUUGGAGACAGCAGAUGUUUAUUCUUAUCCGGAGGACGAUAGUGUUGAGGAUCCUCUUUUGGCACAGCAUUUGGCACAUUUUGGCAUUGAAUUCACAGCUUUACAAAAGACUGAAAUGACUACUGCUGAAAUGGAACUUGAUCAAAACACCAACUUUGAUUGGAACCGCAUUCAAGAAAGUGGAGAAGAUCUUGAACUACUAUUUGGACCUGGUUAUACUGGAUUAGCUAAUCUCGGAAAUAGUUGCUACAUGGCGGCGACCAUGCAAGUAUUGUUCUCAACUCGCUCGUUUUGCUCUCGGUACUUUGUGAAUCAGAGUCUGAAAGAAGCUUUUGAUAUUGCAAUAGCCGAUCCAGCGGUGGACUUGAACAUGCAGCUAACAAAAUUGGCACAUGGCAUGCUCUCUGGUAAAUAUUCUCUUCCAGCAACCGAGAAACAGGAGGGCAUUCGUCCCCGCAUGUUCAAGUCAGUAAUUGCUGCUAACCAUCCUGAAUUUUCAACUAUGAGACAACAGGAUGCUCUGGAGUUUUUCCUACAUUUCUUUGACCAAGUUGAGAAAGUACAUGCACAAAACUCUUCAAAUACCUGGAUAGUUGAUCCUUCAACGAGUUUCAAGUUUGGUAUAGAAGAACGCAUACAAUGUCCUUCAGGCAAAGUUGCUUACAAUCAGAGGAGAGACUGUAUUCUGUCGCUCAAUAUUCCGUUGCACAGAGCUACAAACAAGGGUGAGCUGGAAGCCUUUGAGAAGUUGAAGGCCGAGAGGCAUGCUGAAGGGAAGGAAUUGUCUAACGAGGAAAUUGUGCGCCCACGAGUUCAUUUGAAAGAUUGCUUGGAAUGUUUUUCCGGUCCAGAGGAAGUGCAUGAUUAUUAUAGUACUGCUUUAAAGUCUAAGACCACGGCUAUUAGAACUGCUGGUCUAACCUCAUUUCCCGAUUACCUUGUGUUGCACAUGAGAAAAUUUGUCCUUGAGGCAGGCUGGGUCCCUAAGAAACUUGAUGUCUAUGUAGAUGUUCCUGAUAUCAUCGACUUGAGUUUCAUGCGCAGCAGUGGUCGUCAACCCGGGGAGGAGUUGUUACCUGAAGCUGAUGAUGAAGAUAUGUCUCCUCCUAAUGCUGAUGAGACUAUAGUUGCCCAGCUUGCUUCGAUGGGAUUCAGUCACAUUCGCUGUCAAAAGGCUGCCAUUAACACUAAUAAUGUGGGGGUGGAAGAGGCAAUGAAUUGGUUAUUUGCUCACAUGGAUGACCCUGGCAUUGAUGAUCCGGUAUCUGGAAAGGGGUCUGCGUCUUCUGGUGAUCAAUCAAAACUUGACACUAUGGUUUCGUUUGGUUUCCCAGUGGAACUUGCUAGAAAAGCACUCAAGGAAUCGGGGAAUGAUAUUGAGAAGGCAUCAAAUUGGAUUUUUGACCAUCCUGAAGCUUCUGGUGGUGACCCUGCAUUACCUGAUGGUGGAGGAAAAUACAAGUUGCUUGGAAUUGUAAGCCAUAUUGGAACCUCUACACAUUGUGGUCACUAUGUCGCUCACAUUAAGAAGGAUGGCAGAUGGGUGAUUUUCAAUGAUUCAAAGGUUGGAGUAUCGAAGAACCCACCCCUUGACAUGGGAUACUUGUAUUUCUUUGAGAGAUUGGAUUGA